UUUAUCUGAUAUAGGAAAUAUCGAAUCCAGGUGAGCACGAAAUUUGGCGACCUGUUUGCGUUCUCAGGGCCUGCGCCGGAGAUCAUCAAUGGAAGGGCGGCUAUGUUGGGGUUCGUGUCGGCCAUUGCAGUGGAGGUGGCCAGCGGAAGAGAUUUGCUGUCGCAAUUGAAUAGUGGAGGACUGUCGUGGUUUGCGUUAACUGCAGGAUUAAUGACGGUGGGGACACUGGUGCCCCUGUUCAAUGGAAUAUCGAGGGAGAGCACGUCACAGCCAAUAUUUUCAUCCACAGCAGAAAUGUGGAAUGGGCGCUUUGCUAUGCUCGGCCUCCUCGCAUUGGCUUUCACUGAAUACGUCAAGGGUGGACCGCUUGUAUAAACACCUUAAUAUCUAUUUCUAUUCAAGCACAAGCUCCAGUAUUGGAAGCUCUCGCAUGGCAUUCCAUGUUCCAGUGGAAUUUUCUUGUACCGUUUAGCUUGUCAUACAGUUCAAUUAUACAAAACCUUGUAAAAAUAUUCAAUCUUAUGCUAUAAAG